GCAAACAGGGAAAUGAUGGACAAUAGGAGCUACUGUAAUCUGCCAGAAAAACUGCCUGUCUUCUCUGACUCUGCCCACUUGCCUCUGACCCAGUCCUUCUAUCUGGACCCCAUGGUCACUUUCCACUUGUACCCGGAAGCCCCGGUGCCAUCCCCUUACGCUGAAGACCUGCCGUUGCUGCCCUUUCCCAGUGAUUCCCUGAUGGUGGAAAAUUACAGCGAAGCCUGCCCCUUCUCCUUCCCAAUGCCCUAUGCAAGUUACAGGAGGUGUGAGUACUCCUACGGGCCCGCCUUCAUCCGGAAAAGGAACGAACGGGAAAGGCAGCGGGUGAAAUGUGUCAACGAAGGCUAUGCCCAGCUCCGACACCAUCUGCCAGAGGAGUACUUGGAGAAACGACUCAGCAAAGUGGAAACCCUCAGAGCUGCAAUCAAGUACAUUAACUACCUGCAAUCUCUUCUGUGCCCUGAUAAGGCUGAGAUCAAGAAUAACCCUGGGAAAGGUCCCACCAUAAUAGCAACUACCAGCUGCCACACCGACCCCAUUUUUAGAAUCAUUUGA